UCAUCAGAAAGAAAGAAAGAAAAGAACUCGUCAUCGGCAGCUGGGCCCGUCCUUCUCGCCCGCCUCGUCUCCUCCCCCGUCGUCCUCCCCGGCCGCCUCCCAGCCCCUCCCCUUCCUCCGGCUACGCCAUGGACAGCGCCGCCCCGAACCCUGGCGCGGCCGCGGCCGCCGCGGCGGGGAACGGCGUCCAAGCGUCGGGGGCCGGCGGGGAGCGGCCCGAGGACGCGUCGAAGCAGAACCUGGCGCAGGUGACCAGCUCGAUCCAGAAGACGCUGGGCCUGCUCCACCAGCUCAACCUCACCGUCUCCUCCUUCAACUCCGCCUCCCAGCUCCCCCUCCUCCAGCGCCUGAACGCGCUCGUGGCGGAGCUCGACACGAUGCAGAAGCUCGCCGAGGGGUGCGACAUCCAGGUGCCCAUGGAGGUCGUCAAUUUGAUCGAUGACGGGAAGAACCCCGACGAGUUUACAAGGGACGUGCUCAACAGCUGCAUCGCCAAGAACCAGAUCACCAAGGGCAAGACUGACGCUUUCAAGAGUCUACGGAAGCAUCUUCUUGAGGAGCUUGAACAAGCUUUCCCCGAGGAUGUAGAACACUACAGGGAGAUACGUGCUUCUUCUGCUGCUGAGGCGAAGCGGUUGGCUCAGUCCCAGAGCACUUUGCCUAACGGAGAUGCCAAAGUGAAAGCUGAGCACUGAGAGGAGGCUACACUUGCAGAAGGGAUGGGUGGUUGCAGCCAGCGGUGGAGAUUGGGACGGAGGGGCAAGAGGGAGCGCGAUAUGUGCCCUGGGUAACACAACAAACUGAUUAGGAGGUCCGGUGAUCAACGGAUACGAUAUUGUAUUACUCGCAGCAGUAUACUAUAUGAUCCACGACUCGGGAGUUGGGAGGGGAAAAGCGUAUGAUAUUGUGAGUACGAGACUGAUCCAACCCUUGCGAAAUUUAUAAUGGUCACUGUGCUUAGCUGAUGAAGUAAGCUUGA